GUUCCUCGUGCGAUACUAUAUCAUCAGUUGACAGCUCGUUUUGCGACAGUGAAUGUACCUGAACCGGGUUGGACAAAGUAGGAGUCCUUUUAAAAUGCUAUUUAUUCCAGUUCAACCAGACGGGGAAGAAAAGAAAGCUACCUGUUCUUAGUGGUAUCUUGAGGAUUUUGCCUUCCUAAGAGCGUACGAGUAGUGUUCCUGUAAUCCUGGGAUGAGAUGAGGCCCUGGCAUGGCAAACUUUUCUUCCUCGCUGGUUUUGUACUAUGUGUGUUGACGUUAUCCUCCUGGCACACGUCAAAGUCAGAGAACUUGCCAUCGCAGCUGCAUUUGGUCUAUGCGAGGUUACUGCGGGCAGAACAGCGUGGGGCGGUCUUAUCACAAGAGCUGCUUAAAGUCCUGGGCCACCUACAAAACCGCAGCAUUGCUCUAUCUAAUCUCACAAUCAGAAACUCCUCAGCUGAAUUAGAAACGAGAGUCAUUCAGCACUUGUUGCCAUCACAGCCUAAUGCCCUCAUCUACUUGCCUCAUCUGAAAGAGCACAAGGACAGUCUGAAACCCAUCGUUCACCUGGGGCAGCGACGCACUGGAGUGUCUCUGGUGUUAGGAGUGCCCACCGUGUACAGGCAGAAACAGAGUUAUCUAGUGAACACACUCCAAUCUCUCCUAUAUGACCUUUCAACUGCAGAGAGGAAAGAUAUUGUCAUUGUAGUCUUUGUUGCUGAGACAAAUGCAACUUUUGUGAAUGCUGUUGUACAGAGUGUCCAGACCAAUCUCCCAAAUGCUGUCAGUUCUGGAUUGAUUGAGGUGAUCUCUCCAUCUCCUCACUUUUACCCAGACUUCAGUGAACUGAAGGAAACUUUUGGAGACCCUAAGGAGCGAGUCAGAUGGAGGACCAAGCAGAACCUUGACUACAGUUUCCUCAUGCUGUAUGCGCAGUUUAAGGGUACAUACUAUCUCCAGCUAGAAGAUGAUAUUGUAGCAAAGCAAGGAUUCUUUGAGUCCAUGAAAAAAUAUAUAGAACUGGUGCUUUUCGAGGAGUGGCUUUUCCUGGAGUUUUCCCAGCUGGGAUUUAUUGGCAAGCUUUUUCGCACAUCAGAUCUGCCAAUGAUUGUGGAGUUCAUCCUGAUGUUCCACAAAGACAAGCCGAUUGAUUGGCUGCUUGAUCACAUCCUGUGGGUUAAAGUGUGUAACCCAGAGAAAGACUCCAAACACUGCAGUGAUGAGAAGGCCCGACUGAAGAGAUCUUACAAGCCCUCCUUGUUUCAGCAUGUUGGUUUGCAUUCCUCGCUACCUGGUAAAAUACAAAACCUAAAGGAUAAAAACUUUGGGAAUCAAGUGCUGUAUAAAGCCCACAAUAAUAACCCAUCUGCAGAAAUCAGCAGCAGUCUGGAGAAAUAUCAGUCUCACUCUCUGGAGAGAGCUUACAACGGACAGGACUUCUUCUGGGGCCUGACACCCAAAAGAGGAGAUUAUAUUCUCUUCACUUUUUCCACGCCUCAAGCUGUGAAAGGGUAUCUUUUCCGAUCUGGCAAUGUUGAGACAAAUGGUGACCGGUUUUUCAACACAACAGUUGAGGUGCUCCCUAAUAAUAAGUCUGUGAAAGAGAAGGUGGAGAGAGGUGAAUUGUCCUGUUGUAAACCCUCAUCCGAUGGCUUUGUCGAGAUAGGUUCUUUCGAGAAUGGAGUGGCUGAGGGAGAAGUGAAUGGAGCUUUAGAAGAAAUAGCGGCCAUGAGACUCCUGGUUCACUCUGAUUCUGAUGUCUGGGUCCUUCUCAGUGAGAUCUUUAUCAAAGUUUGAUGAGUUGAGGAGAGAAGAGAAACUUGAGCCUCAUGGUAUCGUGUAAUCCCCCCUGCUGGAGACAACAGCGCACUCUGCCGGUCUGGAAAGGAACCUCCCUAUGUUUGAACGAUUGUCAUUGUGUGCCAUCUUGAGGUCCAACGUAAAUACUGAAUUACAGGAUGUUUUCCUCAUGUAUGUGAGCAAAGUAUUUACACUGUUUGUUUGGUUUAUUUUAUAUCUGUCUAAAUUAUUUUAGUUUUUUAUAUUCAUUUCUUUAAAAACAACUUGAAGUGCCAACCACAACACAAGGUAUCUCUGAACAUAUUUUAUAUUCAAUUGAAUUUAAAUUGUCAAUAAAUGGCAGUAACACCAACUGUU